AUGGCGCAAUUUGAUAUCAUACCUACUUAUGAUGAGGAAAUGUUUAACGACAGAAACGACAAUGUCACAGAUCUGCACGCCUAUUACAUGACACAAUUCAAUUUAGAACUGGAGAAUAGCAAUAAAAAUAAGAAAGUCGAUAAUUUCAAAUAUGGAGUCGAGGAAAGUUUUGAUUUUGAAGUCUUAGACAACUGGAAUACACCAACAAGCAAUGAAGCUGAUUUCGAGAUUAUAGACGAGGUGAUCGAUAGUAAUAUUAAUGAGCAGAAUAUUAAGGAAGUCCUUUUAGAUCUUGAUAAUAUCGACUUUGAAGAGAAAAGUUGCAAAAUAGAUGUCUAUAAGGGACAAGAAAAUAAAAUGUAUGAAUCAAACAACGACUACAUUGAUGACGAAUCACUGAUUGAUGAGUUAUGCAGAGAGGAUGGCGAAUCUUGCAGAUUGACGCCGGAUUUUAAUGAAGAUUAUUUAAAUGCUAAUACGCCAGAUAAGAAUCUUUUACCGUCAAUUGAUACAGUGUUUUCUAAGAGAUACUGUAAUUAUAAUGUUGAUGAUACGCAAAUGCUAGAGUACAACAAUGUUACUCCGGUCCAACAGACUGCUGGUGCUGUAAACAGCUUAGAACACUACAGUUACCCAAACAACAUACUUUAUAAUCUCGAAGAAAGAAAAUACGUGCUUCCUGACACCCCUACAAGCUGUAAUGAAUUUAGUUUUGACAGAAAUGAAAGAAAGAUUUCUGUUUCCGAGUCUGUUGAAAGUGACGUUCACAGCUCAAGUUAUUACGAUGAGAACUCGGAAAAUUUCGAUGAAGAUGACCUAUUUGUUAAUUUAGAUGAUUUUGGAAUAAAUUAUGAGACAGAAACUAAUGUGAAUAUUGUUGAUAAUACUAAAACUCAGGCACCUAGGAAGAAUGAUAAAGAUAAGGUUCAAGGUGAAAGAGUAUGUUUAUGGGAACAUUGCUAUGAAAGAUAUCCAAACCAAACUACACUAGUGGAACACAUUGAAAGGGCACAUGUCAACACAUAUAAAGGUGAUGAAUUCAGUUGUCUGUGGCGCGACUGUGCGCGGGAACGCCGGCCAUUUAAUGCGCGCUACAAGCUCCUGAUACACAUGCGCGUACAUUCAGGACAUAAGCCCAACAGGUGUCAUCAUCCAGGUUGUGGUAAAGCGUUCUCAAGAUUGGAAAACUUGAAGAUCCACGUCAGAUCUCACACUGGUGAACGUCCGUAUGCAUGCCCUGCACCGCAUUGCAGAAAAGCUUUCUCUAACUCCUCAGACAGAGCGAAACAUCAGAGAACUCAUUUCAAUGCUAGACCCUAUGCCUGCGGUGCUAUCGGUUGCGGCAAGAGGUACACUGACCCUUCCUCUCUUCGGAAGCAUGUGAAGACGCAUCCGCACAUCCCCAACGUUCCUCGCACUUGUGUACCCGCAUCACGACCAAUCAAGAAGCCUGACCAGGAGCAGACGGUACCCAGCUCACCAGCCAAGCUUACUACAUUACGAUGCAUAAGAGAUAAAAUAACCGUUCCGCUGUUGCAGAAAUUCUUAAGUUUAGGCACAGACUGGCGUCAUGCGUUAGUGUCGGCCAUCGAUGAAAAUCAGCGCCGCGACCCCGUCUCGUACGGGGUCGCUGCAUUAUGCUGA